CAGCUCUCUCUCCCUUCCAAAUCUGCAAUUCCUGGCUCUGUUUUCAAACCCUAACCCUAGCUGUUGCACUGCCAAAUCUCUUCUUCUUUCGUUCCGCCAGAGAGCACCCGACCCAUCUCUGUAGUGAUCAUGUUGAACCCUUACGACUCCAGAUACGACGACGUCGGCUCCUACCGUCAACGUCGAAGUGAUCUAACGGGGCCACCGCCUCCGGCAGCGCGGCCUGUGAUGGGUGGGCCACCUCAGAGCUUUGGCCGUGGUAGACCGGCUCCAUUUGGGGGUCCUCCAGUGGGGACCCCACCUGUGGUGGGUGGUGGAAGAGAGCACGGAGGUGGUGUUGGAUCUGUUCCUGGUGGUAGAGGAUUUGGUGGGUACCCGCCUUUUGAGCCUGAGGUUGGAAGAGGUUUUGAUAUUGGCAGAGGAGGAGGAGGAAGAGAAAGAGGGUUUAGUGGCGGUAGAGGUGCUGGUGGCAGAAUGGCUAAUGGUGGUAUUGUGGAUCGGAGAAGUGGUAGUUAUCAGGGCAGUGGUGGUGGAAGGGGUCGUGAAAUUGGGAGAGGUGGCAGUACGGGGAGGGGAUUCGAUGCUAGUCGUGGUGGAGGUAGAACCGGUGUUGGGGGUAGGGGUUUUGAUGGAAAUUGGAGUGGUGGUAAGAACUUUGAUGGAGGCCGUGCUGGUAAUAGGAGUUUUGACGCAGGCCGAGGUGGGGUUAGUGGUUUUAGCAGUGGGCGUGGUGGUGGAGGAAGGGGUUUUAAUGGAGGCCGUGGCGGUGGCGGCAAAGGAGGUAGACAUGGUGGAUCGAGAGGGGACUUGGACAAUAUUGCUCUUCCCAAGCAAGAUUUUGGUAAUUUGGUCCCAUUCGAGAAGAACUUUUACGUUGAAUGUCCUUCGGUGAGGGCAAUGACUGAUCAAGAUGUUGCUCUUUAUCGUGCAAGACGAGAGAUCACCACCGAAGGCCAUGAUGUCCCAAAGCCCAUUCGGAUGUUCCAAGAAGCAAAUUUUCCUGAUUUUUGCCUUGAGGUCAUUGCCAGAUUGGGUUUUGUUGAGCCAACACCAAUCCAAUCUCAAGGGUGGCCGAUGGCUUUAAAGGGUAGGGACGUAAUUGGCAUUGCUGAGACUGGUUCUGGAAAGACGCUGGCUUAUUUGCUUCCUGCUUUGAUUCAUGUCAGUGCACAGCCUCGUCUGCUACAAGGUGAAGGUCCUAUUGUGCUAGUAUUGGCACCUACCAGAGAAUUGGCAGUUCAGAUUCAAGAAGAAACUCUGAAAUUUGGAUCUCGUGCGAAUAUAAGGAGUACUUGCAUUUAUGGCGGUGCCCCAAAAGGACCACAGAUUCGUGAUCUUCAAAGAGGUGUUGAAAUUGUUAUAGCUACUCCUGGGCGAUUGAUAGAUAUGUUGGAAGCUCAGCGCACAAACUUGAAAAGAGUGACUUAUCUUGUGUUGGAUGAGGCUGAUCGAAUGUUGGAUAUGGGGUUUGAGCCUCAAAUCCGCAAAAUUGUUGCCCAAAUCCGACCAGAUAGACAGACAUUGUACUGGAGUGCCACAUGGCCAAGAGAGGUGGAGACUCUAGCUAGGCAGUUUUUGCGCAAUCCAUAUAAGGUACUCAUUGGGUCCCCUGAUCUGAAAGCAAACCAGUCUAUAAACCAAAUUGUUGAAAUAAUGACAGAGGUGGAGAAGUACAACAGGUUGAUCAGACUUCUCAAAGAACUGAUGGAUGGAAGCCGGAUUUUAAUAUUUUUGGAGACAAAAAAGGGAUGCGAUCAAGUCACAACACAGCUGAGAAUGGAUGGGUGGCCAGCUUUAUCCAUCCAUGGUGAUAAAAGCCAAGAUGAAAGGGAUUGGGUCCUGGCUGAGUUUAAAAGUGGCAGGAGUUCUAUAAUGACUGCCACUGAUGUUGCGGCACGUGGUCUUGGUAGGAUGAUUGUGUGUUAGGACUUAGGUUCAUUUAGGUCUUAAAAUUCAAACAUAGGUGCGAGUCGGCCGGCUGCUGUCCACUUUCCUGGGAAUAUAAUUUGUGGUUUGGGUGCAAGGAGGGAUGCGGCCAUGUCUUGAGGCUAUCAAGUAUCAACUGCUAAUGUUUUGGUUUGCUAAUGAGGAUAAGCCUUUUACAUAAGAUUCACAGGCUGGAUUGAGAGGCAAUUUGGGUUUCUCAUUAAUACUUAAAACUGGUGUCUUGGCCUAGUGGUGAUCUGGAAGGCUACUCUGGGUGAAGGCCAGGAUUCAAAGAUUAUGAACUAUCAUUUGGCUUAAGAAACAAAAGGAAAUGAAAAGAUUUUCACUUAGUAUCUCCUUACAAUACAUCUUUUUCAUGAAACCAACUUCUUAUGUUAGGAUACAAGGAGCAUAGUUUUAGAGAUUUAGCUAGGAUAGUGUCACGGGAUUUUGAUGAAUGUUUGCUGUCAUAUUGUGCAGGGCCAGGCAAACCAUAGGUUGUGGAUUUUUUUUUUCUUGUUUUUGCCUUUUCCAUUUUUCCGUUAUUAUGUCUUGGUUUAUGUAUAGGUAAUAUUUGUUGCAUGAGCUUUUAGCUUAUAAAUGUGGAACACAAAACUUAGAUAGUUGACUUUUUUGGGGUAGUAAAUAUUGAAGAUCAUGAGAGGUCAACGAGCAAACAUUUUUGGUAUUUUGAGUCAAUUAUCCAUGGGAAGGGGGAGAUUGGAGACGAGUUUACUAAUAGAUUUAAAGUAGGAUGAGUUAAAUGAAUGAAUGCAUCUGCUGUGUGCUAUGUGAUCGAUAUAUGCCCAUUAGGUUUUUUUUUGGGUCAGAUGCCCAUUAGUUUUUUUUUUUUUGGUGAGAUGCCCAUUAGGUUGAAGGUAAGUUUUAUAAGGUAGUUAUUUGACUAGCAAUGUUUUACAGUAUAAAAUGUUGGGCAAUUAAGAAUCAUGUUCCAAAAACUAACUGAUGUAGAAAUGAGAAUACUAAGAUGGAUGUGUGGUAAAACAAGAAAAAUAGAAUUAUAAAUGACUGUAAUUGUGACACUAGAAGUCGAACCGAUAGGAGAUAAAUUAAGAGAGAAGCGACCUAAGUGGUUUGAACAUCUUUAUUGAAGACUUGGAAAUGCACCAGCAACGAAGAAUGAUUUGAUGCAUGCAAUUGUAACACGAGGUAGAUGUAGACUUAAAUUAUAAUGGAACGAAAUAGGAAAGAAAGAUAUGAUGGCUGACAGUUUGACAACAAAUAUGGCCCCCUGAUGGAGAACAAUGGAGAAGCAGGAUUUAUGUGCGUGAUCCUAAAUAGUUGGGCUAAAGGCUUUGUUGAGCUAGGUUGAGUUAUCCACUUCUUGACUUUUCUGAAUGUUGUGUCCAAGUAACAUGGCUGAAGUUAUUGAUGCCCAUCCACGGUUAUGGAGCUGGUUGUCGGGACAGCCCGGUUGACUCAUACAGGCUUAGUUAUUGAUUGGUUAUUUGGAUUGGGAAGUUGUGGUGGCGGAGCUGCUCCUUAUCCCUGCAAGGUUAAGAUGUGAAGGAUAUAAAAUGCGUGAUCAAUUAUGAUUUUCCAUCAAGUCUUGAGGAUUAUGUCCAUAGGAUUGGCCGAACUGGUCGUGCAGGAGCUAAGGGAACUGCCUUCACGUUUUUCACCCAUGCAAAUGCUAAGUAUGCUAGAGCUCUCAUUAAAAUUCUGCAAGAAGCAGGGCAAAUUGUUCCUCCUGCAUUGUCUGCGUUGGCCCGGUCAAGUGGUUAUGGCCUUGGAGCUUCUGGGGGCAACUUCCGCUCCAGAGGAAGGGGAGGUUUUGGCAACAGGUCGAUUUCAGGAUCUAACACUGUUCCUCUUGGUGGAAGGAGGCCUUGGUAGUUUCUGCAAUCUGAAGAAACAAUGUAAACUAGGUUUUAGAAUACAUUUGAUGGUGGAAACUUGUUUUUAUUUCUAGUCCUGCCAAAAUCUUACACAUGUUAGGAUUGCUGCAGCUAGAACUAGAUAUUAGAUAAUAUAUUGAGAGGAUGAUGUCUUUUGCAGGACAGUUUUGUUUUUCUGAUCGUAAGGGGAGACUCUUGAGAUCUAGAAAAAGGUACAAAGCUGCAUUGGGCAAAUGCAUUGUGUAAAGGGUUUGAUUGUUUUUAAAAGCAUUAAUUUCCAACUCAUUAUGAAUCUCUUGAUUUGUAAACAUUUCUAUCGAUUGUCAACUACUAAUUGUUGGUCAAGCCCUUUCUUUAUUUCUUUCUAUGCCGGUGGGCUGGGAAUGAGUGGGGGGAGUGGGGCUGUCCACUUCUCUAAGAUUUGCUUUCCAAUGUAAAGGAAAAGUAUGGUGCCCUAAUGGAUCAUGUUUUGAUUGGAAGGCAUGUAUGAUUGUGUUUUGGAAUUUAGCUUUCAUUUCUGUUAUCGACAAUAGCCUGUGUCUGAGUAAAUGUCUGAUGCUAGUUUUU